AUGGGGGUUGGGCAGGGCACAUUUACAUUUUCACCAUUGAGGAUGGAAUCCGAAACAUUACAUUUCCUGGUGUUCGUGUUUGUUCAUCGUAAGGCGGCCAUCUUUGACACGACGAUCUCGCGGCCAGCCUACAACACGGUGACUGAGGGCCUGUCGUACGAGCGGCACAGCUAUGUGCUGCAGACGCCUACCGAUGUCGAGCAGUACUGGUGCGACCUGCGCUGGUGCUGCCUCAAUACCCCGCUCGGUCUACACAGGGGUGCUCAGAGCAGCUCGACGAUCGUGGACAUCUACAAGAAGGCGGAGCUUGCGGUGGCGGCGAGGACGCACGAGAAGGACGAGGUCAAGGACACGGGCUUCGUGCCGGGCGACGCGCUCGGUGCUGCCGGUCUCGACUCCGCCAUGUUCGCUCUGCCUUGUCUCUCCGUCUCUCUCCAGCUGCUACUGUGUUACGUUGCCUCCUGCUUCCUGGACAAUAACAGCCGAGGCAUCAUCGUGCCGUGGACGGUGGUCAGAGACGUGAUGCAUGAGAAUCUACAGGUGUCGCACAGUAAGACGUCACGUGCGUGCCAGCGCAGGGUCAACUACGUGAUCAAGAACCCUCAGACGGUGCUCAACCUGGCUGUGUACCUAGGAGAGGCACUGCAGGACAAGGAUCUUGUAGCUGAGUUCAAGUCAAGGAAGAUGAAACUAAGUGAGAACGAGCACAUGUUUAGAGAAGUUCUGGCAAAGCUCCGUGACAAGUUCAGCUCGAUGGACUCGGAUACGUGUUUGGAUUUGCCUGACACGCUCGCGGAGCUGGAGGCACGUUACACGCUCACGCCGUGUGGGCGUCUGCCCUCCAAACGCUCCAUACACAGCGACGUCACGACAACCGAUGACAUCACCUUUAGUGUGCUGCACAACAUCAUACAUUCAUCUCUGGCAAACAAGGAGAAGAGUGAUAAGUGUGGAAGCUGCUCGAUCCAGCUGUUCAAACUCUACCAGCAGUACCCAGACGACAUGGUGCGUAACGUACUGUGUCAGAUGAGAAACGAUGGACUCGUCAGCAAGAACAAGUCGACACUGCAGCGCAGGCGACAGGCUCAGAGAUUCCUACCAUUUGUUGGCACAGCGUACCAGCUCUCACUCGCGUAUCGCUACAUGUUCAUCCCGUCUUACCCUGCUUCCAUCUGCGAGGAGGCGUACAGGGCAUACAGGGAGCUGGAGGUGGCUCAGCAGCAGGGUACAGGUGAGGGCGUGUCCUUCAGCAACGUGCAGAAGGGAGGCCACGCUGCAGCCAUAGUGUCCCUGCUCGCGCAGAACAAGUUGACCUUUGACACAAUCAUCCCAGACCAGAUCAUCCUGGUUGACUUGACGCGAUUGAAGACAGAUAUCCCAGCCAGGGGCAAGAUGUUCAAUGAGUCGCCGGGCAAAGACACUGAAGAUGAAGAUGAGGAUCUUCUCUGCCUGGUGCCAGAAGCAGCGCCUCCUACACCGGAGCCUAUACCCUUUCCUCGUGAACCGCAGGCGGUCACACGACCAUGUCUGGUGCUGCCAUCUGUCAUGACGCCCGUCCCCAGCACAAGCAACCUGCCAGUCGAGUCUAAGGUUGAACAAUUGCCUCCGGAACCAUGCACGUCGACCCUGACUGCGGACAGUGCAUUCAACACCCCAUCCAUUCAACAAGCUCCCGCAGUGACAUUCACCGUGCUGGCGUCCGUCUGUGCUGACGCCAGCAUGCAGCCCUCCGAUCUCUGCACUGAUGUCACUACCUCCGUCUCUGAAGUCAGCACCGCUGUCAGGAGAUACGUACCUCUGAAACCCAAGCCACCGGCAGAGGGCAGCACCGGCGACGGCGGCGGCGGGAAGCACAGCACGGUGGGGUUCGAGCCGUCAAUGCUGCAGCAGAACGCCUCGCGCUUCGCACUGAUGGUCAUCCGCGGUCAGUGCCUCGAGGCCGGCUCCGAGAAGCACCUGUCUGGCUCACUGUACGACCACAUCGUCGUCAACCCAGCGAAGAUACGCGUGUCACUGUGCGCCCGCCGCCGCGCCGACGCCACGACGGGGGAACCGGCGGCGUGUGCCGCCUCGGUAGCAGUGAGUAACAGUGAUGCGGGGACCGGCGGUGAGGAUGGUCGUCCCGCGCAGAUGGCCGACACGGGUGACCGACACGAAAACCGUGACGGCGACGCUUCUAGACCGGACGAGGAUGUAGAUGGCAGCACAGAGCAGGUGGACGGGUUGCUGGAGGUGAAGACAAUCAAUCGGAUCAUUCAGGCGCAGGUGCAAGUACUCUCGCAACAUGUCAAGCAGUUCUCUGUCUUCCUGGCUGAUGUCGAGGAUGAGGAGGAUAAUGCGAAGCUCAGGAAGGUUUAUGAGAGCAUAGUAGGAUGUCGGGAGCUGGGAGUGAGAGCAGAGGACCUCUAUACAGAGUACAUGGACUGGCACUGCAGUGGAAUGCUGCGGCGAUUGCUAGCCUUGCUUACCAAGAACCUUCAGGUGCUGACGGUUGGCGUGACGGCGCUGCGCUAUGUCGCAUUCGUCUGCGCUAAGCCCUGGAUCAUCAACUCCACGCGCCAGCGUCGACUCGCCUCGAGGCGAUACAGGAGGGAAGUCGAAAGCUGCGCGAACGACGACGUCGUUGCGAUCGCUCGUCGUCACAGCGAUGGUGAGGGCGUUCGACCCACCUGGCGCGUUGCCACGGCGACCGACCGCGUCGUUGACGGACAUGAUGGGCUGAACGCCGUGCCGCCACCGCCGCCCAUCGCAGCCGGCGUCGCUGAGACGGUCGAAGCCACCGCGGAUCGCACGGACGCUUGUGAUGAAGCGAGGCAAUGCGGCGAUACCAAAGAGCGAGCUGUCGUGCGCACACGCACGGAUAUACAGGCGAAUGUCAACGACAAGGAGUCCGAUGCUGGGGACGGCAACUCUAAAGCACGUUUGCUCGCUGCCGACAGCCGAGCGUCUACGCGAAAGAACGAUGCCAGAACUCACCAGGAGAACAACGGGAGCACGCAACUCGAGAACAAUGGGAGCACGCGUUCCAGGAACGAUGGGAGCGUGCAUCCUGAGAACAGUGGGAGCAACCAUCCUCAGAACAAUGGGAGUGCACAUCCUGAGAACAACGUGAGCGCGCGUCCCGGAAACGAAGGCGACGCAAAAUCUGACACCCCGCCCGAGACCGCCGGUCAGUGCGAUAGAGGGCAUGAGCGCACGCGGGGGAGGCGCGUCACUGCAGCUGUCCACAACACACGCAUGAGGACGUGCGAACGACCCCACCUGGCGCCAUCUGGUGAGCACGCUCAUUUAGGCCGGAGGCGGGUCGACGACUCGGCGGCCAAGCGUAGACGCAGUCUGCGAGGCAGCAAGGAGAGGCGAGGUGGUGAGCCGAGCCCCAAGCGAGGCAUGUUCUCUAUGUCGAGCGACAGCCGAGAGCGCGGGGCGACGGGAUCAUUGCGUGACAAGGUGGCGCCACCGAGAGGGACGAGCGACUGCGGCGACAAGUCGAACAGCAGCAAGAAGGCCUCCGUACGGCAGGAGAAGGCUGAUGUCACCGAGGGAGAGUCCAUCAUUAAGGAGUCAAGUAAGCCGCAGAAGAUGAGGAGGAAGAGUGAACGUGGGUCCGCGAUGAACUCGCAGGCGGUGGAUCGCAGUAGACGCGAUUUUGUGGACUCCACUGCGGUAGGCGACCCAGAAGGCCAGGACUGUGCCAUCUCAUCUAGAAGGUCAGCCAGAGGUAAGCGUGGCAGUGGUGGCCGGCGCGACUCGACUCCAAAGACAAGCGCGUGCAAAGCAGAACCCAUCGACCCCGGCACGUCACCUAAAAGCGUAACGAGAAGCGCGAAGAAACACUCUACUAGAGGCAAGUCAGAUGGUGAUGACACCACUGUCUCAACCAGAAGGACAACACGAGGCAUGGAGACAACUCGCAAUGUAGAUACGAAAGAUUGCGUAGAGAUGGAACAGAACGGUGGUAAAUUGAGACAAGUAACCAGGGGCGAACCAGAGAGGGCUGGUCGUGAAAUCCCAUCUAGAAACACUACCAAAGUCACGAGGGCGCACAGCGAGGUCCUUCAAUCUAGGGAAACAACUACUAAACGGCAGAAGGACGAUGACGAGAUAGUCAUCUUGAUUGGAGGCAUGGAGGAGGGUCCGGAUCAAAAUGUCUCGUGGUCCAAUACAACACGAGGCACUGCUGCGAAGAUACCGGCACCAGUUAGCUACAAGGGAAAGCCGUCAGGCGAGGUGGGGACAAAUACAAGAGAGGAAGUCGGUGAGAACCUUUCUCCAGAGAAACCCACGGCCGUGCCCUCCUCCGGCGGGGAAGGUGGCGUGGCAGCUCCGUCCCGCACACCACCAGCAGACAGCAACGAUGCGAGCGAAACACUGGAUAAUUCUGCGCAGCCAAGCAGCAUUCGUGAAAGUCGCUCACGCGUUGGAACCGAUGCGGCGAUUGCUGAGCCGGGCAGGGAUCAUCGGGGGCAGAGGCAGCGAGCAUGUUGGCAGGAAGAAGACAAGGACUGGGAAUCCGUGAAUCUGCUCCCGCGACCUUGGAGGAAGGUCGACGGCUCGCUGAACCGACUGGUGCUGCGCUCAAUGUGCGAGGCAGUGCUGCUGCACAUCAUGACCUUCCCGGCGGUCACGCACGAGGCGGUCUGCAAGAAGUUCAACCCUGCGCUGCAAGCAGCUUGCGUGGCUGAGAUCAUUGAGUUGCUUGAGGAGGCCGGAUGCCUCGAGAAGUCGUUUCUACCGACAAUGCCUGAACCCACUGCAUUCUCUAAGACAUCCAUCAUAUUUAUUCCUCAGGAGAUGCCAGGCUGUACUGUCAUCUAUGAGUCAACCAUCGACGCCAUCUUGAAGUUAGGCCAGAUUUUUGCGUUUAGGAAACACAGCUAAAGUGUGUGGGGCUGUUCCUUGUCAGGGUCAAUAUAAGAAUCGGGUGGCUACCCAUGCUGAACACUUUCUGUGAAUGUCUAUUGUUAGGGGAAGCACAGUAUACUAUCUACACAUUUUUAUUGUUAGACGAAGCAGGAUACAAUCGGUAAAUCUACAUUGUACAUUUGUACUGUCUAUAUAUAUAACAAGAAUUGUACGAUUAUAUUCUAAAUUGCGUUUGUAGCAUUAAAUUGGCGAGGUUUCUUUAUGAACCUGCAGUAUGCAGUAGUCUAGAGAAUUUAGGUGUCUCUACUGACUUGAGUGUCUUUUAAGUUAUUAUCAAGUUAGGCUGAUUAUAUUUAUGGUUUUGGGAUAUAGGUAACUGGGCAAUCCAGCCCGACAUGAUGUUUGACAUUGCAGAAUAGUAUUGUGCUGUUGUCAAAAUAUGUAUAUCUGUAAAUCAGCUGAA